GACUUGACAGCGCACGCGCGGAAAUGCUAUCAUAACAAACACAGGCUGUUUGUUACUGACAGGAAAGGAAGUGGCUUCAAAGUGACUCAACCGCACAUCAUUUUUUUAAAGAAAGUCUGGGCAGAUCUACUUCAGUCAGAGUUAUACUAAUAGGACGAAAGGAGAACUGUAACGUUAUGUGAAUUGGAGCGGCACUUCAGACAAUAACAGUGUCUUACAGAAGCUAUUAACAGCGAUCGAGAUUAACUGUUUUACUCUACCUGGAAACAUGAGAUUCAUUGCAUUUGCUGUCAUCUUUAGUGCUGUAUAUCUUUGCUCAUCAGCCUUUACCCAUCCUCGGGGAGAAUGGACAAAACUUAUACUGACCCAGCAUUGGCCACAGACAUUUUGCAAAAUGGAACACUGCAAAACAGAUUUCAGCUAUUGGACUCUGCAUGGAUUAUGGCCCAACACUGGUGUAAGGUGCAACACAUCUUGGCAUUUUAAUGCCAGUUUGAUUGAGGACAUACUACCAGAAAUGGAGAAAUUCUGGCCAGAUCUGCUAGAACCAUCUUCCCCAAAAUUUUGGAAUUAUGAAUGGACGAAACACGGGACCUGUGCUGCAAAAUCAGAGUCUUUAAACAGUGAACAUAAGUACUUUGGCAAAGCUCUCGAACUCUACCACAAGUUUGACCUUAACAGUGUUUUGCUGAAGAAUCAAAUUGUGCCCUCUGAGAAGCAUUACACGCUGGAGGAUGUGGAGGAAGCCAUUACAAGUGCCUACGGAGUAAAGCCCAAGAUCCAGUGUGUCCACCCAGGACAGGGAGGCCAGGUUCAAAUUUUGGGCCAAAUAGAGAUCUGUGUUGACAGGGAUUUCCAGCUGAUGGGUUGUGAAAAGUCCAGCGAAGACACCUGGAGCAAUGACCUCCCCACAGUGCCUGUCAGUGGCCAGUCAGGACUCAGCGUGUGUGAUCACUCCAUGCCAGUCUAUUACCCACCGGUGCAAGCGUAGAGGUGGGCAACUUCAGACCUCUUUUCAGAGUUGGAAAGAUUUAAGGGUUCCUGUCUAGCAUGUUGAACACUGAAAAUAAUCAUUUUCAGUAAAUAAAUGCACAUUAAAUUCCUUUGCUGUCCUAAACUAUGAUGCUGGAACGAUCUACUGAUAAUUUAAUGAUGUCAAAUUCAUAGACUGCUAUUUUUAGGGGGUUACUAGGUUCACUUUUGAAAUGUAUUGGUUUUACACACUGUAUCUUGCUCAGCCUGAUGUUGACUUAAUCUCUUUUGUGAGAUUGACACCUCAAAACAAAUGAGUCACAUUUUCUUCAAUAUUUUAAGAAAACAAAAAAAUGUAUGUAUGUAAUUGGAACAUUUUUAGCAUAGUACCAUAGUUUUGUUUACGCAUUGCAGUUUUCUGCACGUUUCAUUACUGUUAUUGUUGUUUUUUUAGUUUGUUUGUUUUAUCAGCAUAAAUAAAAAAAAAUCAAAUGGACAAAUACAUUAUCAGUACUUGAUAAUAUAGACAAUAAUAAUAGACAAUAAUAUGACUAUUAUGUUAAUAAAUGAGAUGCAUACGUACAGUAUAUGUAUGAAUAUGUGUGUGUGUGUGCGUAUAUAUGUUAAAAAAAGCUCACGUAUAUGAAAAUAAUAGUGAUAUUAUAAAUAUUUUUGGCCAUUUUUAAUCAGAAUUAAUAAAAGAACAGCAAAUGCUACCAUUCGUUAAAAAACUUGCAUAUUUAUGAAAAUAAUAGUGAUAUUAUAAAUAUGUUUGGCCAUUUUUAAUCAGAAUUAAUAAUAGAACUGCAAGUACUUCUAUCUUUUAAAAAUACUUACAUAUUUAUGAAAAAAAUUGUGAUAUAAAUAUUUUGCCCAUUUUUUAAAUCCGAAUUAAUAAAAAAAAGCAAAUACUACAAUUUGUUAUAAAAACUUGCAUAUUUAUGAAAAUAAUAGUCAAAUAAUGAAUAUAUUUAGCCAUUUUAUUUAAUCAAAAUUAAUUAAAAAAAAACAGCAAAUACUACCAUAAUUAAUCAGAGCUUGAUAAUACAGACAAUAAAAUGUCUAAUAUUUUCAUAAAUAAGUCAUUAAUUUAUAUAUAUUUUAACAUACUUUAACAUUUACUAAACUAUUUUAUGAUGUUUUAUCAAAAUUAAAAGAGGUCUAUAUUUUCUUGUGCAUGUUUUAUUUCUUUCUCUUGAUAUCAAUGCAAAAUGUGACCCCAGCAUGUUUUACAAAAACUCUAAGUAGUCUUUAUUUUGGUCUAUAUUUUCUCAAACAAAUGUAAGUGUUUAUUUCUUUCUCUUGAUUUUAAUGCAAAAUGUGACUCAGGCAUGAUCUGUUUUGGGAUAUUCACCCUUUCUAUAUGAACUCUAACAUUUUUGAAAUAGUGUCAGCUCUAAUAUUUGGCCUGAUUUAUAAGAUUAUUAUGCUCGGCAUUAAAAAUUGUUAAUUGGCAUCAGGGCUGCACGAUAUUGGAAAAAAAUUAUAUUUCAAUAUUUGUUCUUCUACAAAAUAAAUACAGGCACACCAGGCAAUUUGAAUAGUUAAAUCACAAUGCAAAACUGUGAUUUUCUUAGUUUGCUUUGUCUAAUAUUUAGUCCAAAUAUCUGAAAAUUCUUAAGUAAAAAUAUUUUUGUUUUCACCUUCAGAAGAAAAAAGUCAAAAUCAUAGUUUUUCCUUAAAACAAGCAAAAGUAUCUGCCAAAAGGUUAAGAAAAAUAAUCUUAUUUUUGAUUGGAAAUGUAGAUAUUUGGACCAGAGAUUAGAUAAAUAUUCUAAGAAGUGUUUUAUUUUUAAUUUUUUUUAUUUAAUUUUGUAAAUCAUAUAAAUUCUGUAUAAAUAAUACAAUAAAUUAAUGUUACACCUCCAAACAUCAGAUUUUUGUGUCCAAUUUCUAUCAACUUAAAUAAGAUGCUCAUUUAGAUGUAACUAUUGUGGAUGCGCAAAUUGUGAUAUCAAUGCUGAAACGAUAUAUUGUGCAGCCCUAAUUGGCAUUAUUUGCGACUUCAGUGUGUAAAAUGUGUGGUAGUUGGUGAGCCUAGUGGUAGCAGUAGCAGAUAAUGCACAUCUACUUUACCACCACUAGAGGGCAGCACAUGCAUUCUGGCCAACAAAAAGCACAUUGACGUUGCUCACAGACAUGCUGUUCUCAUGUUGUUUUUAAUAGAGAGAUGACUGCAGUUGCUACAGGAGACAAGUUACCGUUUGCACAAAACAAUCUGUCUUAAACUCUCUUUCUGCCUCGAUGCCUAUAAAUACAGAUCUGAUUUUCAUCCAGUGGUAUUUUUAUCCAUCAGAUGAUUAUGAUCAAAGAGCCAUAUUAGAUGUGGGCAUUUGAUAUAUUGCUUUGUUGGCAACAUGGCAUGUAACUUAUAUGUCUAAUGUUUAAUUGUAAAUUUUUAUACUGGUUCUGGAUUUGUACUGCUGAUGAAAGCCUUUUUUUACAGGUACAUGGUUUGUUAAUUUUACAGUGUGUGAUAAUUGCAUGUGAAGAUUUCAGUAAUUUUGUUCAUUUAAAUAAAUUGGUUGUUCUGAAAACCAGG